GUACUGUACCGUCUGUACUUCAACGUUUCAAACCUUCUUCCCACCGAGCAUAUACGACCUACGCCUCACAUUCAUUGAGCGUGUUGUAGCCCAGUCUUUCGUUACAGCCUGUUGCUUCACCGAAGUUCAAGUUGACGCAUGCCUCGGUCUAACAGUAUACACGAUAACGCAGCGGCGGGAUCCGAUGACGACUCGGAGUCGGAAAUCAUGGACGAAAUCGUGCGGGCUAUGAGCAGUGAGCUCAGAAGGGCGCGAGGGCAGCUAGAUCGAGUGCACGUCGAGAAGGACGACCUACAGCGAGAGCUAGAUGACGUCCGCCUUCAACUGCGCGCCGCCAAAGAAGGGCAGGAACAUAAGGGAAAGCGGGGUAUCAGUAAUUCUCAGCAUGACCAAGCACGACGGGAGGUUGAUCGACUGAAGCGAGAAAAAGAUGAGGAAAACGCUGAACACGCCAAAGCAAUGGAAGAAGUCGUGUCAAAGCUCGCGAAGCAGAAAGAAAAGUACCAGGAUGCGAAGGCUGCACUCAGGGAGUCCCAGAGCGUCCUAGCUAAACUUCAAGAUGCAGCGGCGAGUGCGGUUGCAGAGCUUUCCGGGACCCACGUCGAACUGCCCCGAAAACGCAAACGUGAGGAAGACCCUGAGGAAGGUGCAGGUAUCGCCGAGUCCCGUUCCAACCAGCAACCUGUGGCGCCUGAGACGGCGGGUAGUAACUUCAAUGUCACAACAUCUCGGAAGGGCCAAACGACUCCACAUAGUGGAAGUAGUAAGACUUCAAGCGCACGAAAGUCGAACCUCCGAGGGUUCUUGGGAAUUGUUGACGGCGAGCAAUUUGUUACCCCUUCCAUGAAUCAUUGCGCGAGCCACCAUGGGCAAAACUGGGACAAAUUAAUGGCCUGUAAAACAAUGUAUUGCGCACAGGGCAGCAUCAUCUGGUCUUCUGGCUCAGCUAUGCGAUGCUUGCACUUUCGGCCAGCCCAUCGGUACACCUUCGAAACCCGAGCUCAUGAUCCAUGCCUCCACGACUCAUCGACCCUAUACCCGGGUGAAGUACGGGAGCUCUUCUGGUCGGACAACAAGAACAACGUCUACUGCGGGACUUUCAGGUGUGCCAGUGUCGCGGAGGUGCCAGUGCAGGAGUUACUUGAGCUUCGUAUGACCGAAAGGCACUCGUUGCUCAAACGCUUGGUCAAAAGAUUACAGACACGCGGGGUCUUUGUUCCAGCUCAUAACGGCUCCACUAAGGCGGACUUCCUCCGAGAUCUGUAUCUCGAUGGAACCCUGCUCGUACGGUGUCACAGUUUGGAAUACGUCGGCCGAAACGAGCAAGUCAGCGAAGUAUUUGCACAGUUUGGAAGCAAAAACUCGGCGUCCGUCAACACGACAGUCACCAAGAGUCAAAAAAAGAAGAGGCAGAGGCAGACGUAGAAGUAGAAGCGAUUACGGGGGCGAUCGUAACGCUGUGGUGCGUUAGCACUAUCAUGCAAGGUGUUGUGAGCUACAACGUUGGCGUAACUCUGGUUCAUCUCUAUGUGUUUUGAUGCUGUCGAUUUCGUGAUAUCCAUAUAUUACUGCUCACAAUUCACUGUACGACGAGUCUUGAAUUUCAUGAUACAGCGUUGCACGGACUUCUCAACGAAAGUCACACAUUCGCUCCUCCUCCUCUCUUGAUCUGCUCAUCAUGCAUCAGAGGCGAAUCUAGAAUGGUCAGCACUUGCCAGUGUUCGCUGCACGCUAUAGUACUAUAGCGAUCACGGGGUUUAUGCUGCUGACUUUUGUGAAUAUAAAGCCGCUUGGGUCGAAUACGUUCUGUACAUAGUAGGUCUGUAUCAGUAUGUUCGCGGAAGACAAGCGAGG